UUACAGUGUGUGAGAUGGGUUUAUUUGAUCUGCUGGCCUCGUCACGGCGCCCCCUGUCUCUAGAGGAGGUAGUGCAGGUAAUCAGGGCCAGCCUGAGCGGUACUGAGAAGCUGUAUCUGACCCGGUCCAUCCACUACAGCUCCAAGACUAUCUACCUCUGCUGGCACUACCUGAUUGAUGCUGUGAGGGAAGGCAGUAACCAGUAUGAGAAGGCAUUUGGUGUCAAAGUUGAUGAUUUGUUUGAAGCCAUGUACAGUCGUCAUUGGCUGUGUGAUAGGCGGGGAAGGAGGACAUAAAGGAGGAAUGUGGAGGAAUCAGAGUUGUGAAAUCAUUCACAGCUAUCUGGUACUGUAUGUGUGGAGAGGUUUGUGUGUGUGUAAGCAUGCCUGUGUGUGUGUUUGUUUGUUUUGGGGGUAUGAUUGACUCUGGAAAUAGGGGGAGACAGCUGAUUGAAGCUCUGCCUUCAGCAUGUGUUUUAAAAAUGUGUCUGCAUGCACACACAGUGGGGAGAACAAGUAUUUGAUACACUG